AUGUCCGAGUCCUUAUACUCGUCUUGUGCGGAUGUACUCUCUGUGUGCCAGGCUGCAAAAGAUGACCUUGCCGCUAUCCUCGAUCCCAACAUGGGGUUUGCGCCUAGGCUACGACAAUUGUGUCGCGACCGAAUAACAGAGGCGGAGAAUAGCGCGGCUUCUGACGUCUCUCAAGAGGAACUCGACAUCUUACGCAUGGAGGCCAAUACGUGGGGCCUUCUUCAAGCUAUAAUUCCUGCCCGAAAAACCGAACCAGAACCACGCGUCCAUCCCCGCACAUUACUUGCCACAAAUCCCUACACACCUACGUCAACAUUAGCACAAGCAAUCAUGGAUUCAUCAGUACUCCUCACGGAACUCGUCGUAGUACGAGAAUGGCUCCAUGAAACUGCCCCACAACCGCAACAUCCAGAAGCCACCACAGGAUACUGGAAGUUUACGAAACAUAAUGUCAUGCAGGGUUUACGCACAGGCUCAGGAAUAAGAGAAGGUCUGGUAAAAGAGCUAGAUCCUGAUGCCAUGAACAGAGGUGAUGGCCGAUCAUUAGCGGCUGAUGACGCCGGAUCUGAGAAAAGCCUAGCACAAGCGCUCUAUUCAUUUGUUCGUGCUGGCAGAUUGGAUGAGGCAGUUGAAUUAUGCAGAAAAGCACAUCAACCAUGGAGGGCUGCCAGUAUCCGCGGUUCGUUAUUAUUUCAAUGGCGAGCUAUUGCAAAUGAGCAACGGCAUGAUGAUGGCAUCGAUGAUGCUGAUGAUGCGGAAGGAUGGCAGGGAAACCCACGUCGAAAAUUAUGGAAAUCAACAUGCGCAAGAGCAGCUCUGAAUCCCAGCCUCCCCGAUCCAGAGCGCAUUCUCUACGCAGCUCUCGCGCCCUGCCCGCAAACAUUUAGUGUCCUCAAAUCUGCAUGUCGAACAUGGGAAGAUCAUCUAUGGGCGCAGAUCAGUAUCCUGUGUGAGGAAAAACAGACCGCAGAAAUGAUUAAACUGGGUGGCGGCUUCUGGGAUGGAGGACUGGCAGUAUUAGAAAACAUGCCCUCGCCACCGUCCCAAGAGGAAGAUGCGGCUGAGGAAGAAGAGUGGGAAAAGGAAGCGACAUCUACGUUGGAAACCCUAGGUAGUGUUCAUGUGGAGGAUGGUCCUACCGCAGACCACGCAUUUCACGUCUCUCAGCUGGCCAUAAUACUCGAUAGGACAAGUUCAUUGCUAGAAACCUUUGCAACUGGACUAAAAAAUGGAAACUUCGAUCCCGAAUCAUCAGAGUACCCUACGAUGACGCGUUUCUUCGCCCACCUGUGUCUUUAUUUACGGAUGAUUGACAUUACAAUUCCGCCACUUGCGACCCAAGUCAUACUCGAGGCUUAUUUACAAGUAUUGGAAGCUGCAGGCCAACGAGAGUUGAUCGCCAUGUAUGCCGGCGCGCUAGGAGAGAACGCAGUCGAACGAUAUGCGAUGUUCUUGACUUCGCUCGAGCUGACCGCGGACAUAAACGAACGUCGAUUAGCAUUGACUCGCGCACGAGAACAUGGUCUAGAUGUUCACAGGGUGGCAGUUGUCACUGCCGAGCGAACAAUUGACAGAGCUUUCGAGCUUCUACCCCAAAUGAAGGGACCACUCCCUUCUGUUAUUACGUUGCAGGCCACUCCCUCCGAUAUCGAGCUCCUUCUGCUUCGUUCCAUAGAGUGGACGACAUUCGAGGAUGGAACGCAUGGUACCGCACUGGAACAGGCGACCGUCAUUUUGCGGUACUUCUUAGGGGCAGGGAGAGUUUCGCUUGCAAAGAACCUGAUGGAGGUGCUUCCGCGUGAACUCGCCUCCAUUGACCAGCCCGAGGAACGAGCAACAGAAUACCUUCACUACAGGCAGUUCUUCACGAUCUGGGACAGCCUUGACCGUGUCGUGGAGUGUCAGAGUCUAGAGGUUUCGAUAAUGAACCGGGACACCAGGGCCGCUUGGUUGAGCGACUACAAGGGACUUAUGGACCAGGCUUACGAUGCCGUCGUGAAACUACUCACCUCGGAUUGGAUGAUGCCGGACGAGACAGGAGAUCGCCGUUCCCGCGAGCUAACUCGCGUUCGGCAGAUAUACGUCCCGGAGCUCGUACUGCGGCUGCAUGUCAUGCUCUACGCCUCUCGAGAGCAUGUCCCAGAAAAUCUGAAGCGCGCAUUGGAGCUUGCUAACAUUGUUGCGGAUUCGAGGUACAAGCUGUAUGAUGAUUUCUUGCAUCUCGAUGGCCGAAGGCUUGGGGAAUACCUUGACGCUGUGCGCCGGGCAACGAUAGCUGGCUUGGAAGGCGGUGGAUCUGAUCCUUUCAAGAUAAUUUUAUUGUAG